AUGGCAAUUGACAGUCUCUCUCUUGAUGGCAAGAUAGCCAUAGUUACUGGCUCUGGCCGAGAAAACGGCAUCGGCGCAGCUAUAGCCGUAACAUUGGCACGUAAUGGAGCAGCCGUCACCAUCCACUACGUGAGCGAUUCUGUGACCAAGAGAGCCCAUGCUGUCGCCCAAGGUAUAAGAGCAGAUGGCGGUAAAGCAGCUGUUGUCCAAACCUCGAUCGAAACCCCCGAGGGUGCUCAAUAUCUGGUUAACGAGACUUUAAGAGCAUUCAACACCGACCAUGUCGAUAUUCUUAUCAAUAAUGCAGGAGUACCACUCUUUGGCGAGACAUUGGCAGUCAACCCUCAACAAUUGACUGGAGUACUUGACGUCAACAUCAAAGGCCCAAUUUUUGUUGCUCAGGCUGUUGUACCUCUCAUUGCGCCCGGCGGUCGUAUUGUAAACAUUAGUUCAAUCGCGUCCAAGCUUGGUGAUGAUUACAUCCCAGUGUAUGGUGCUUCCAAGGCUGCUCUGGACAGUCUUACUUGGUCCUGGGCUAAGGAGUGGGGACGCAGCAAGGGUAUCACGGUCAAUGGAGUCGCCCCUGGCCCUGUCUUGACUGAUGCAAUUCCUGCAGCCAUAGCCGAUGAGUUCCAACGGCCCUCUAUCGAGAUCACACGAGCUGCUAAUAGGGCUGGUACUUCAAAGGAUAUCGCUGAUGCUGUACUUUUGCUGGUUUCUGAGAAAGCGAGAUGGAUUACGGGACAGUACAUCUCUGUUAGUGGUGGAGUCACCAACUGA